GGGCUGCUCCGCCCCCCCGCUGCCCUCUCCCGCACCAUGAGGGGAGGGGACGCGGGGCAGCACCCACGCCGGCGGCAGGUAGAGCGCGGGCGGCUGCUGCCCCUCCUCUCCUGCGCCAUCCUCGCGUGCUGCGCCGAGGUGGCGGCGCUCCGGGACUUCUCAGGUUACCUAACCAAACUUCUUCGAAAUCAUACUGCUUAUGCCUGCGAUGGGGAACGUUUGAGUCUGCACUGUCCUCGGCAUUCAACAAUAAGUAUUCAGUCAGCACUUUACGGGCAAGACUACCAAAUGUGUGGCACACAACAGCUUGAAGCCAGAAUGACAGAACCCACAAACUGUGUGGCACCCACCUCCUUGCAGAAAGUACUGGAUGAAUGCCAAAACCUGAGAUCCUGCCAACUUCUUGUCAAUAGUCGGGUUUUUGGACCUGAUCUAUGUCCAGGGACCACUAAAUUCCUCCUUGUCUCCUUUAAAUGCAAACCUACUGAAUACAAAACCAAAUCAGCCUGUGAAAACCAGGAACUGAAACUCCACUGUCAAGAGUCCAAGUUCCUUAUUAUCUACUCUGCCACCUACGGCAGUUGGGCACACAAGGACAACAUCUGCUCAGCCCAGGCAGAACGCGUCCCUCAGUUUGACUGCUUGUCUCACACAGCGCUAGAAGUUUUAUCAAAGAGGUGUUAUGGGAAACAGAGAUGCAAAAUUAUUGUCAGUAGCCAAGAUUUUGGAAGUCCGUGUCUACCUGGAGUGGCAAAACACCUGAAUGUCAGCUAUGCAUGUGUUCCUAAAUUCAUCCUCACAGCUGUCAACCACCUGGUCACUCACAACAAUUCUUCCGUGAAGCAGAAUGAUGGAGAACGUGGUAUCGAUAUCGAUCCAAAGGAAUCAAGGUCUCCAAAGAAAGAUGGCACCAUUGUUAGCAACUCCUUGGCUACAUUUGCAUACAUUAGAGAUCACCCGGAAAGAGCUGCUCUGCUGUUUGUGUCCAGUGUUUGUGUGGGAUUAAUCCUCACGCUGUGUGCUUUGGUGAUCCGCGUGUCCUGCUUUAAAGACUUCCAGAAACUGCGGGGAAAGAAGGAGCACUUGGUGCCAGAAAGUGAUGGAGUGGAUGAGAGCAGUGAGAGCGAGGAGGAGGAAGAUGAAGACUCCUCUGGGUCAGAGCUGCCAGACGAGCUGGCAGAACUUUAUAGACCUUCUUACUCAGGUUAUAACUCAGCGGAAGCAGCGGACCUGGCUGAGCGGAUAGAGCGGAGGGAGCAGAUCAUGCAAGAAAUUUGGAUGAACAGUGGUUUGGAUAUGACACCGCCCAGAAAUAUGAACACCUUUUAUAUCAAUGAGGAAUAAUGGCUUAUCUCAGAUGAUGCUCUCGCCCUUUUUUUUUUUUUUUUUUUUUUAAAAAGAAAUGUACCUUCUGUGAAGGAACAUUUGUAACAGUACAGAUAAUUAUUUGUAAAGUAAGAAGAAAUACAUACAAUAAAAAGAGAGUUUCAAGCCCUUCACUGUCCAUAAAUCAUUCUGUGGAAAAACACAUGCAUAAGCUUUCAUAGCUUGCUUUUCAAUGUCAUUUGGGAUCAAUUGCCACAUGAGGUUUAUGAAAUAUUAGGAAAAGGAGGAAAAUAGCAGAGAAGUGCGAGGUAGAGAACAGCCUUCUGCAUUAGGGUAUGGCACUUGUAACCAGUUGGUGUAUUGCAGCUCAUAAAUCACUUAAGUAUGUGCUGUUGAUGAGAAAUAUGUUAUUAAUAGAAAGAGCAGAACAGAAUUAAACACAGGUGCUUGAAGCUGAAGCCUCAUUAGAACAUACAGGGAGUGUGAAAAAAUAGUGUCCCCUCAACAUCUGUUUGGCUGCCCUGGCAUUCCAACAGCCAUCACAUUUUCCUCUGAGGGAAAUGUUUGAUCAUAGAAUCAUAAAAUAGCCUGGAUUGAAAAGGACCACAAU